CGUUCCCUUUGUAUAUCUGACUGGAAUGUAGAAUGACAUCCACUAAACGGUUGAGAGAAGAACCAGUUCGGUCUUCGUUUAGGGAUGUACUGCAGCUAGGUUAACAGUUCGAUCAAUACAGCGAACCAAUUGUAAAUGAACGGUGGGAAUAGCAGUAGGGCGCGGAGUAUUAUCAACCUGGAAACUAGGCUAGUGCUCUAAUAAAUGUCCUUGAGGCAAUUCGAUUCCUGAAAGAUAUAACGUCUGGUCGUGAACUCAAACUGUUAAGCCAUUUUGUUUUAGUGAAAUAAAAAAUAGACAAGGCAAUCAAUGCAGGUCAUUGCGCGGCUUGUUCUAGAGAUUGAUACGGUGUGUUAUAUAACACUAUGUUAACCUACAUGUAGGCUAACACUGAUUUAGUCUGAUGAAGCUACUUCAGUUCCAGUCAUUGCGCGUCAGGACAGGGAUAAUAAAUUAAAGCUUUCUUUAGAAUUGGGAGGAAAAAACAAUAACAUUUUAGCCUCUUAUUUAUUAAAGAAAUACGAAUAUAGAUCUUAUAAUUAACCGUUUAACCUUUAGACUGACAGGAGCCCACUUUGAUUAUUAUAUUGUAAACAUUUUCAAAAGAGAUCGACAUGUCUGUCUAGCACUUAGUACAUCAUGGUUCUUAUUCAAGAGUCAUGUGGGGUUGUUGUGCAAGUAGCUCCAGUUUAACUGGAAAGAUGUAAUGAGGUUACAUAACAUUGUGUUGUAACUGGUCUUGCAUAACAACUAAAUCCCCCUCUCCAUUUAUUCUUCCUCUUUUGAACGCUAGGUGGGGCUAUUGCAACAAURUYCCGCCAWAKCAUUCCACGACACUGGAUUUUGAGACACUAUCUGAAGAACKGAAAAUCUCAACACAGCAAAACCAUGAGUGUGACCAGUGAGAUGUUUGAAGAAGAUUCUCAAGACAUGAGGGAGCAGAGUGGUGGGGAGUCCAGUGCUGCACCUGGUGGGACCCUGUCCUUCACAGARGAGGCRGUYUCCAUCCUGACCUCCAGCAGCCUGCUGGCCCGCUCUCUGCUKGGACGCACCUCUGCUCUGAAGCGCACCAAUGACCCGCCCYCCUCUGGYAACSCCCUCAGACGGAAGCGUGAGUUCAUUCCCAGCGAGAAGAAAGAUGACGGCUAUUGGGACAAGCGCAAGAAGAACAACGAGGCGGCCAAGCGCUCCAGGGAGAAGCGCCGCGUCAACGACAUGGUGGUGGAGAAUCGCGUGCUGGCGCUGCUGGAGGAGAACGCACGUCUCAGGGCCGAGCUGCUGGCUCUCAAGUUCCGCUUCGGCCUGGUCAAAGAUCCCUCCAACACACCCAUCCUGCCCCUCCCCACAGCCCCCUGUGCUCCACAGACCUUGGCUCCACACUACUAUCUGCCCAGUGGACCAGGGAGCCACCCUGCUGCKCKCGGGGGCCAGUUCAGCYUGCAAGGCUCCAGGGACMCUGGCAGCAUGUCAGAGGACUCUGGGUUCUCCACCCCUGGCAGCUCCAGUUUAGGGAGCCCCCUCUCCUUUGAGGACCGACUGAGUGAUCAUGGCAAACUGUCCCCACACAGAGCAGAGGAGCUGGGCUACGAGCUCCACCACUCCCCUGCAGAGGCCCAGGUGCACCACAGUGGAKACUUCCCUGGGGAGCUCUCCAGYGUGAUGAUGGGGAAAGUGGAGUCUGGGGAGGGCAUAAAGAACUUUCCUCACAAAAUGCGCUUCAAGAUCCUCAGCAGUGGKGAGGACAACAGGCACAGCCCCAUACAGUCAAUGGGAGCAAGAGACGGUCCCCGGGAGGCAGCCAGCGGACACAUCAUGUUGGGUGGAGCUGAGGGGGCAGGAGUCUGGCCACAUAAGCAGGAGGGAGAGGAGACCCGGAGGGGGCGACAACAGCAAGAGUCCACUCAGUAUGUCCACCGUACACCCCCACAGGGCCAGACAGAGUCUCAUUACCACACAGAGAACAAUGUCCUCAAGUCCCACCUCAGCUCCCUCAGUGAAGAGGUGGCCCAGCUCAAGAAGCUGUUCUCAGAGCAGCUGCUGGCUAAAGUGAACUGAGCCCAGGACUGUGUCAGUGGAUGCUCGGUGAACUGUCCCAUCCCAGAAGAGGAAGCUCAAUCUGAGCUAGCAUACUAACAUAAGCACAUACACAUGGUGAAAAUGAGAUAGAGGGGAACAGAGACUCUAAACACAACAGUACCUUGGCACACUGAGCUGCUACGGUGACAAACCAAUGCCCUGGGCCAACUGGACUAUGAUCCACCCCAACUACUCAAUUCCAACUAUUUACCUUUAUGUUUAGGAAUGUGUGUAUUUUUACCCUCUAAUUUUGAGUUGUCCUGAUUUUCUACUCUUAAAUCCUAAACGCUUAUCUGCGCCUCAAUUGAGAACAGUUUCUGUAACAGGGACAAAGUCCCAUCAUCACCUUAUUAAAGCACAAAGCUAUAUGUGUUGGUUCACUUGUGGCCCUCUGCCCCAUACACUGUGAGACCCUCAAAAUCACUCUGACACAAGAGGACACUGCCUCACCUCUCCAGAGGAUACUGUAUUAUUGACUCUCAUCUCCACUCUGCAUGUACAACAAUGCUGCUUCUCAAGGUCUCACAACCACAGACAAAGCAAUGUCAGUGAUUGAGACAUUGAGGUGAACUGGUGCUGAACUAAUGUACACUGUAAUUCAACUGGAGCUUCAACAACUCAUUAUUAGUGCUGUGGCAUUGGCACUAAUUGGUUUUGAAUAUGCAUGAGGAAAGAACACCACAUUCUUUUAAACUGUAAACACAACCAUAGAAAGGACACUGAGGACAGAUAACCUGAAAGGUGACGGUCUCCAGUCCCUGAAUGGGGACGUUGAACUAUUGUCAUCUCUUUAAUGUAUUGCAACACAAUGGACUUUGGAUGAUGACAAUUGGAAAUCAACUAAUACUCUAUCAUUCCAUUGCACAGUCAACAGCAUAGCUAUGAGGACAGACACACACCAUGUCAAUCAUUGAAAUGUGAUAUGCUUCAUGUAGGACAACACACUGUGUCUGGCAACUAGUGAAAGUGUUUUCAUGUCUCAGUUGAAUACUUUUCGUUAGCCUUGUCCAAAGAAUACAUGGUCUGUGUAAUUUCUAGACAUGCACUGUAAACUGUAUCUAGGUGAUGAAAAUAUUUGUUGUUAUGUGAAUAUCUGUAUGAAAAUAUUUUUUUUGUACUUCUGAAUAAAUCUUUGAAAUGAAA